AUGGCGCGUUCGUCGCGAGCUGCCCCGAGCGGGGCGUUCGCUCACGGAGUAGCCAAAGCAUCGUUUACGUGGAUUUCGGGAAUGAAAACUCCGUUUGGCUGCGUGUUUUUCUUCUGUCUCAUUGCUUUAUGGGGGUUUUCGGCCGCCCUUCGGACCUCUGACAUUGGUGUUGACGCCUUGUCCGUCUCGUCUCGUGCGGCGGCGAACGGUUCCGAAGGUGGCGUGGCUCAGUCGGAACAAGAGCGUGCUAGCGAUGAACAGCGCAACGACUCAGAGGCCCACGAUUCCGUCGCUUCCUCGGAGUCCUCCGAUGCGGAACGGAAAGACGACCCUCCCGACAACAAGAGUACUAGUGAAACUCCGGAAGCAAAGCUGGCGGGACGGGAUGCAUCCAACCCUCCUGCCUCAUCGAAGAGCCCGACCCCAAGCCCUGCCCCAACUCCAGCUGUAAGUACAAGCACCACUCCAGCCAAGUCGUCGGCAGACACAUCAAAGGACCCGAAAAACAAACUGAGUUCGGCGAGGAAAGAGAAACGAAUAGGCAAGAAAUUCAAAAGGCAUGAUGAGUUUCUCGCAGAUGCUGUUAUUGACAAGUUGGACAGCAUGAGAUCUGUGCAAGUUUCCGGUGCCUUGCUCCGGCGGAUCUGGAAGGAGCACCAGCGGGUUGGGGACGACAUGCGGGAUCUGCUGCGAGAAUACAUCUUGGCUCUCGAACGGGAGCUGUACACCCAACAGGCGGAAGUUUUCGGGGUGGAGCAACUAAAGAUGGACGACGUGAUCCACCACGAGCACUCCUCGGAGGCGAGGAAGCGCGAGGUGGAGCUGGAGAUGCAGGCUCUCGCGGAACAACACAAUUUUAUGAAGAAGCUCUUCGGUCACAUUCAGGCUAAUGUGGAAGCGAAAAACACCAGUGCGCUCGUGAACAGGAUCGAAGAACUGGACAAACCAAUUGAUAUCAUCGACGCAAUCGACAAGAGGUCUGGAUCGGAUGUUCUUCAUUGUUUGAAAGUAAUCGGCAAAAGCAUCAGAUACAUGCAGGAGUCGGUGAAGAAGUUUUCCCGCGAACUCAAGACGCUGGAGCGGCUUGAUGCCGAACGCCCCUCUGGAGAAGCGGAGCGAAUCAGAGAAACCCUCGGAUUCGUGAUGGAUCCUCUGUCCGGACCCCUCAGUUCUAUGGACUAUGAGUCACUUUCCUGGAUCCCGUCAAAGGGACAAGCUCUCCUCCAUGUGGACAAAGCCUACCACGACCGCAUGCAACACGACUAUGACUCUUUUCUGAUGGACAACGAUGACGCAGAUUUCGACCACAGCCACCACUACGAUCCAUUCGACUAUAAUGACCCCUUUGACUUCGACGACGAAGACGAUGACGAUGACGAUGUGCCUCGAAAAAAAAGAACGCACGGACACCCGGAGAAGCAGUUACAUUUUAAGAGGAACCAGGGAUCUUGGAAGCAUGAUUUCCGCCUGCCUUGGGAGAAGGAAGAGGCACACCCCUGGUACAAGGGUUCCAGCAAGCCUUCUCGCGCUCAUUCGCACCGUCAGUCCGUGUCCGUCUAUGCGUCUCCAACGGAACCCGUGGAGGACCACGAGGAAGAUUCCUCCAUGAACCACGAGGAUUCUGCUGUUUUCCCUGGUCUCUUUUUCCUCGAACUAGGCAGCAAACGCACCGUUGGCACAGCAGCCGACAAUACACCAUACGCCAAGCAGAAAUCGUUUGUGCAGCGGGCUCAACACUCCGUGCAAGACAUUCGGGAACACCGGGACGUAGACAGAGAAGACGGAGUUGAAGGAGAGCAGCCGUUGAGCUUCCUCGAGACCAGAAGCUCGGCAGAGGAGGGCGGAGGCUCUGAUGAGAUGCGCUCGGAAAGCGAAGGACAAGGAUCCGCAGCGAAUGGAACAGAAGGUGAAAGUGACAAAGCUGAAGAGGCAGGGAAAACGGCAGGAGGGUCUGCAGAGAAAGAUAAGGACGCUUCGGAAGCAGAGGGUGCAGAGGAAGCCUCAAGUGAGAAGACGGAUGGGCAAGGGGGAAACGAUCAGCCAUCGGAGAGUGAAAGCGCCGGCGGAGCAGCGACGCACGGGGAGAGCUCUACGCCAGAGGAGGGGGAAGGCAGCGAAAAGGCUGAAGAGAAAGGGGGUCACGAUAAGCCUGAAGAGAACGACAGCAGUGAAAAGGCUGAAGAGAAAGGGGGUCAUGAUAAGCCUGAAGAGAACGACAGCAGCGAAAAGGCUGAAGAGAAAGGGGGUCACGAUAAGCCUGAAGAGAACGACAGCAGUGAAAAGGCUGAAGAGAAAGGGGGUCAUGAUAAGCCUGAAGAGAACGACAGCAGUGAAAAGGCUGAAGAGAAAGGGGGUCAUGAUAAGCCUGAAGAGAACGACAGCAGUGAAAAGGCUGAAGAGAAAGGGGGUCAUGAUAAGAGUGAAGAGAACGACAGCAGUGAAAAGGCUGAAGAGACAGGUAGUCACGAUAAACCUGAAGAGAACGACAGCAGUGAAAAGGCAGAAGCAACAAGUCAUACCAGGAGCGAGGACCAUCCCAGAUGCAUUGAGAUCAUGGAUCCGCAGGAGUGUGUUAAGACCAAAAACUGCUUCCACGACGACGUCUAUCGUCAGUGCUUUUUCAACUGUACGGCCAUCGUCGAGGCUGACAAAUGCAAAGAGCACCAGAAUUGCAGAUAUGAAACACUUCUGCCUAAAGACGCCUGCGUCAACCAAGGCUACCAGUCCGUCUCGCUAACAAAGCAAGCAUUCGAAGGCAUCAUGCGUGGCUGCGAGGAGUUCAGGGACAAGCCGUCGUGUGAUAUGAUGGAAAAGGCGACACAACGACUCAAAGAGUCGGGGACCCCUGUUAUCUAUGACUGCCACUGGCUUUCUGAGGGUCCCGAGGUUUCAGGUGAAGUGCUUAGUGAUGGCACACAACCUGGCGACAACGAAGAAAAAGAGGUUGGCAAGGAGGAGGCGGCUCAGACGCAAGGUGGCCGUAGCAUCUGCGUGAACCGCCUGGAGGCGCCCACAGCUGAGAAACUUCUGUGGGGGACAAUCAUUGCAGAGAAAGAAAGGAAGCUCCAAGAGCUGCAAAUUAGCAGGAACCUCACACCAGACAAAGUCUGUGUUCGGCCUCGCGAACUGGCUAACGCCAUGCUCAAUCCUGAUAAACCUUUCUACGCACUGGGCGACCAAGUUGAGGUGAAAUGCCGGCCCGGUGCCUCGUUCAUGGGAAUAAGUCGGGUAAUCACUUGUCAUGAGGAAGGGGUAUUCGAUCCGCAGGUUGCCUGUAUCGCGAAGGGGACACUUUCCAGUCAGCAACAAGCGUUCAUGAAGGAGGUACAAGACUACGCUGAUGUCGUAGAGGCAGCACCCGAAUUGGCAGCCGCUGGCUUGGAGACAGGCGGAGCCUUGGCUACAGCUAGCACACAAGGCGUGGCAGUUGCGGCUUUCGCGCUAAUCGGAGUUUCAGCAAUCGUCAAGACAUUCUAGCUAUCUCCAAUAGAUUAUAAGAAGAAAUUGAUUUUUGUCUGCUUCACCGGCACUCUGUCUAUACCGCUGUUCAAAGCGAGUCCUUGUUUUUCUGGCGUGUCUCGAGCAUUCUCUGACGCUACUUUUUCAAACCCGCGUCUGCCGACGAACGAAGGCACUGGAGCGUGAUUGAGAACUGUAACAGAUGACUGUCAGUCAAGUUUUUCCCAAGUUUCUUUCCGUCCUCCCUGCCUUGUCUAUUAGCAGUAAGGGCGCCGGAGAUAAGAUGAUCAGAGUUCCACUUUGGCACAGGCACAUUCGGCAGGGCUGCUCUGUGAGCAGUUGUGAGGUGAAAGUCCCGCGACUCAGUGACUUUUUUCAUACACUUAAAUCUAUCCUGGAAAGACU